AAUGAAGCUGACGAUUUACAUAAUUUUACAAAUAUCAAAUUUGCAAGCAUCAAUAUAAUAUUUAUAGCAAAUCCAAAUCUACUUAAAUAACCUCCAAAAAUUAUUCCAGACAAAACAUAAAAUAACAUUCUUUAAUUCCUAAAUAAAUGUCUACAGACUUUUCAUUAGGUAUGAUUUCUUACAAAAAUAGCAUAGCAAAUAUAUUAAUAGUGCUUAAACAUAUUAAUAAAGUAUUCUCCAUUCAGGAUCUAGAAAAUCAAUUGACCAACUUAGUAAAGGGAAUUCCAUCGUGCCAAAAAAUUUGUUAGUACUUAAAUAUACUUAAUAUAAUCAAGAACGCUUAAUACCUAUUGAAUAAACAAUGGCUAUUGCAAUAUAGAAACACCAU